AUGGUUAAGAUAAGUAUCGUAGCAAGCAUUGCAGCAUUAGCUGCUAGUGCGGCUGCUAUUACUGCGACCACUACUCUAUCUCCUUAUGAUGAAAGAGUCAACCUUAUUGAAUUGGCUGUUUACGUUUCUGAUAUCAGAGCCCAUAUGUUCCAGUACUACUCUUUUCAAAAUCAGCAUAAGACUGAGACAUAUCCUUCGGAAAUUGCUGCAGCCGUUUUUGACUACGGUGAUUUCACUACCCGCUUGACCGGAAUUUCAGGUGAUGAAGUAACUAGAAUGAUCACUGGUGUUCCGUGGUACUCAACCAGAUUAAAGGCGGCUAUUUCUUCAGCACUUUCGAAGGAUGGUAUUGCAACUAUUAUACCAACCUCUACUUCUACUACCUCUACAACAUCCACCACUUCUACUACUCCUAUCACCACUAUCACCUCUAUCAAAUCCACUACUUCUACUACUUCCGCUGUUCCUACCACAUCUACUGCAUUUACUACUCCUACAUCCUCUACAUCUUCUACUACUCCUACAUCCUCUACAUCUUCUACUACUCCUACCACCUCUAGUGCUGUUAUCGUAUCCACUACUCCUAUCACCUCUACCACGUCCACUACAUCCACCAGUCCUACAACAUCCACUAGUUCUACUACCCCUACCACCUCUAGCACCUCUAGCACGUCCGCUAUUCCUACUACUUCUGCUACUUCUACAGCCUCUUCUAUCCCUACCACAUCUAUUACUCCUAUUACCUCUACUACGUCCACAGCUUCCACUACUUCUACCACAUCCACAACUUCCGCUAGUCCUACCACAUCCAAUACUUCAAUAAUAUAUACUACCCCUACGAAAUCCACUGCUCCUACCAUAUCCGCCAUUUCUACUUCAACAACCACUCCCCCUACAACCUCUACCACGUCAACUACAUCUACUAGUCCUACCACAUCUAGUACUUCUACAGCCUCUACCACCUCUACUACCUCUACCACCUCUACCACAUCCACUUCUUCUUCAACCUCUACCAUUUCAACAACCCCUACUACACCUACUGCAUCCACCACACCUACAACCUCUAUUACGAGUGAUAUAUACGGCACUUCAAGCAGUCCCAGCCAAAUCACUUCAUCCGUUGAGCCUACAACUGUCAGAGCAGUCACCUCUUCUGUUGAACCUAUCAGCUCCAGUCAGGUUAUUUCCUCGACUGAGCCCACCUCUUCCACUAUAGAGGUCACUUCUAGUGUACUCAUUUCUUCCUCUAGGUCUACUUCAAGUGAAAGCGCUACCUCCAGUGAAAUCACUACCUCCAGUGAAAUCACUUCCUCAAGUAGAAUCACUUCUUCAAGUGAAAUCACUUCCUCAAGUGGAAUCGCUACCUCCAGUGGAAUCACUUCCUCAAGUGGAAUCACUUCCUCAAGUGGAAUCACUUCCUCAAGUGGAAUCACUUCCUCAAGUGGAAUCACUUCCUCAAGUGGAAUCACUUCCUCAAGUGGAAUCACUUCCUCAAGUGGAAUCACUUCCUCAAGUGGAAUCACUUCCUCAAGUGGAAUCACUUCCUCAAGUGGAAUCACUUCCUCAAGUGGAAUCACUACCUCCAGUGGAAUCACUUCCUCAAGUGGAAUCGCUUCCUCAAGUGGAAUCGCUACCUCCAGUGGAAUCACUUCCUCAAGUGAAAUCGCUACUUCAAGCGAAAUCGCUACUUCAAGUGGAAUCGCCACUUCAAGUGAAAUCGCCACUUCAAGUGAAAUCGCUACCUCCAGUGAAAUCACUUCCUCCGUUAAAUCUACUUCAUCCAGUAAAGUGACCACUUCUACUGAACCUAUUUCUUCUAGUCAAAUUACCACUUCUAGUCAACCAAUUUUUUCCAGUGUAGUUACUUCCUCUGCUGAGCCUACUUCUUCAACUGAAUUAAUUGCUUCCAGUGGAAUCAUUUCUUCUGCUGAACCUACAUCUUCUAAUGAAUUUGUUUCUUAUACUGAACGUUUAUCUACUUCCACAUUCACCACGGCCGUGGUUUCUUCGAGCAGGGCUGCUGAUUUUUUUACUAAAUCCACUGACUCUGCUAAACUCAAUGUCUCUGGUUCUUCUCCUAUUCAAUCUACAACCUUUUUUGCUACUCCCUCCGCUCCAUUUGCUGUUUCUUCUACUGGAGUUACCACUUCUACCGAAGCAACUUCUUCGAAUGCGUCCUCCAGUGAAACUAGUACCUCGGUCUCGGAGUUCUCUGUUUCAGUUAUGUCUACAUUAACUGGUUCUAUUGCUGGGCGUACUUCUUCUGUAGAGCUUUUGUCAUCAAAUGUGCUAAAUUCCACUUUUGGCAACUCCAUGGUUGUUCAACCGACUGCCUCUCUUUCCUUUGUGUAUUCUGCAUCUUCAGUCGCUUCAUUUUCGUCAGCUUCUUCCCUCUCAAUAUCCCCAACAAGUAAUUACAAUGUUACUAGAAGUUCCAAUACCGUUAUUAGCGGUACGGCCAUCCCGAUAGGAAAUGUCCGUAAUGCGACUUCGACAAUCAUGAACUUGUCAACGGAUGAAAUCGUUAUCACUAGCUGUAAGGGCGGUUGCUCUAAAACUCUUGCUGGUCAAAAUGCUACCGGGCUCGAGACAGAUGGCGCUGUCAGCGGCGCUAUCACGACUAGUUGUAAAGAUCGUGGUACUAAAGAGGAUAGUGUUUUGACGAGAACUCAAGUUUCUACCGUCGAAACUACUAUAACCACUUGCUCGAUCGGUGUCUGUGCUACUUUUACCACUCCAAUCGUUACUGACAACUCCUUUACUAGUACAUUAACCACUACUGAACUUUCCACCGUCAAAAGUACUAUAACAACCUGUCCAGGUGGUGUUUGCUCCACCCUGACUGUUCCAGUUGCUACGGUUACCGGCAAAACUACUAAGAUCAUUGAUGUUGCUACCUCCAGUUGCAAAGAUAGUAAAGAAGAUGUCACUUCAACUAAGGCCGAAUUGUUAACUAUUGAAACCACUGUGACCAGUUGUUCGGCUGGUAUUUGUACCAUGCUGGUAUCUCCACUCAUCAGCGUCCACACCAAAGCUACUAUAUCGAGUAAAGCUGAAUCGCCUAUCCUGCAAACAACUAAAGUCACUUGCUCAGCUGGUGUCUGUACCACCCUGGCCUCUACGAUGACUACUGUCAAUGCAGGGGCCAAUAUGUUUACCAGGAGCGGGCUGUCUACCAUUCAAACUACUAUAACCAACUGUUCAGGAGGAACCUGUACCACGUUAACUGCACCAAUUGCCACUGCUACUACCAAGCUCAUCUCUGAAAUUCCAGAGACCUCCUCAGCCGCUUCCAUUGUUUCAUCUGCUUCUUAUACUGUUAGUAUCAAUACCAAUGGGGCCUAUAGAUUCGAUAAAGAUAGCAUUUUCAGUGCCGCUAUCGUUGCUGGUGCCGCUAUAUUACUGUUGUAA